UCCGCCGCGCCCGCCCCGCGCUCCUGCUCCUACAGAACUCCCACAUAUUAUAUUAUAUCAACGAAUUUUCCGACCGCAUCUCAAACGAAUUGGCAGUUUUCGAAUUUCCCGCUCAUACCUAGCGGCUAGCAUGUUUGUGAAGUGAUCUCACUGAUUUGUUUUGUGAACAAGACAAAAUGAAGUUCACUGUAGACGUGUUGGGAGUCUUCCUCAAAGUAGUGAUAAAGAUCAAUCGGGCGACGUUCGCGCCGCUGUUGGUGUCGGCGCUGUUCAUAGUGCUGACAUCUCUGCUGGCGCAUGCGGCACGGUCUGCUGCGCGCCGCCUUGUCAAAGAUGCCUUCCUGCGGCUGCUGCUUGAGGAGGCCAUCGCUGCCGCAGAGCUCUGCGGUUGUUGCUUCGAACUCAUCAUUGUGGCGGACAACUUCGGUGUGGCGACGUACGCGGUGUUUCUGUUCGUGCUGACGUGCUGGUGGGCACUGAGCUGGGGCGAGGCCACCGCCUGCCCCUACACGCAUCUAGAGGACGUCAUCGAAGGCAAAUGCGACAUUCGCGCGGCAUUGCUGAAGACGUGGGCGGAACUGGGGGGCGGGUUGCUGGUGUUCAAGUACGUGCAGAUGUACUGGGCGCUGGAGAUCUCCGACACGCACAAGGAUCGCGCCUACCAGGAGUGCACCGCUGACUUGCAGGUGCCGGCGCUGUACGGUGCAGUGGUAGAGGGCGCGGCGACGUGCCUGUGCCGGCUUGCCUCGCGUGCGCUGGCAGACCUCAGCCCUCGCUUCGCCACCGCCAUAGACGCCUUCAUCGGCACAUCACUCGUCGUCGCUGGCGUGGUGGCUCGGGACGCGGUGCUCGUGUACCGCUACGAAGACACCGCGCCCGACGCCGACCUCACCAUCUCCCUCCUUUGCAAAGUUCAUUUAGGAAAAGCGUUUGACUACUCGGGGGGUUAUUUCAAUCCUGUGUUGGCAACGUCGCUGAAGGCGGGAUGCGCGGGGCACUCGCUGGCGGAGCACGCGGCGGUGUACUGGGCGGGCGCGGGCGCGGGCGCGGUGCUGGCGCUCUACCUGUACCGAGUACCGGGUGUGCAGCGACUGCUGCGCGGCGCCGGCACAGCCACAGCUAACGGAGACUCCUUCUGGCCGGACAAAGAGGACUAACACGCGCGCAAACUAUCCUUAAUCAAAGCUAGUCAAAUUGUUACGGUUGCAAGGUUUAUUGUAUUUAUAACUAUUUAUUUUAUAAACAACAAGUUCGGAAACCGUUAUUUUUGAUUUAGGAAUUUGCAACGUUCAUAUUUUAGAACGACGUAAGAAUUUCUACCCCAUACUGUUUGUACGAUUAUUUUGUAAUAAACUCUAAAAAAUUAAGCUAACAAGGAGAUUGUUAAAGAUAAGAGAAAGUUUUACUCUCAAUGGUAUGAGUAAGCGAUGUUAACAUGUCGUGGUAUCAAUGUACAGAUGUCAAAUGAUAAUAUAAAUGAGGUGCUGUAUAGUAUACCUAUUA